UUAAAUACACUUCGCCAAAAAUCUUACGAAAAAGUAGAUUUUUAUGCAGAAAAAUUUAAAAGAUUGUUAAAGAAAGUCGACUCUUCCAAGGCCUUACUAGAUAAAUAUAUUGUGAGAUUUUUUCUUAAUGGAUUAAGGAAGAAUAUCAUUCCUUUUGUAGCAUUUAGUCAUUCCAAAAAUAUAGAUGAAGCUAUUGACGCAGCUAAAUAA